CGGUUUAAUUUUCUGUGAACUGAACUGAACUGCUUACUUCCUGAAUCCUAAAUUCUUUUUUAAUGAAAAUUAUAAAGAAGCACCUGAUGUUAUGCGAGGUUUGCUUGAUCUUGUUACCUUGUAUUGCAAGUGUAACAAUUUGGAUUCAGUUCAUGCAAUGAAAGAAAUACAUUUAUAUAGAGAUCGGAAGGAAAGUUUUGAUAGACAAGAAGUUAUUCCAGCUGCAUCUGAACUUAAGCCUGAUGAAUGGUGGAGGUUAUUCGGAGGCUCUGCUCCAUGUCUACAAAAGAUAGCUGUUCGCAUUCUUAGCCAAGCAUCUGCUUCUUCUGGGUGUGAGAGAAAUUGGAGCCUUUUUGACCAGAUUCAUACAAAAAGAAGAAAUAGAUUGGAGCAUGAUAGACUGAAUGACAUUGUUUAUGUUACCUAUAAUUUGCGUCUUAAAUCCAGGAAGGAAAAAGAAAAAAGAAAGCAAAAGACACAACAUGAUCCAAUUGAUUAUGAAAGUAUCAGUCAAGUUGACUUCUGGGUGACUGAAGAGGUUGUAGAGAAAGAGCCUGAUCUUCCUAGUAAUGUGGAUGACUUAUUGCGUGAAAUUGAUGCUGAUUUAUAUCAAAGUGGCGGUGGUAGUAGUGGUCUUUAUGCUGCAUCUCUUUCUUCUGCUGAUCAGGGUGGGAAUGAUGGUGAAGAUCAUCCCACCGAAGCAGAUUUGCAACAAGUUCUUGCGGAUUUUGAUAAUUGAUAAACCAUGAUGUUGGGAUUUAAUAUUUACAUAUGCUUUUAUUACUAUUUAACUUUUGAGUUUGGAUUUUGAUAAGAUCAUAUGUAUUUGGUUGAUGAUAUUUUAUGUAGUGUUUUUAAUUUUGAAGAUAUUUUAAAAUUUGUAUCAGACUAUAAUUA